AUGGACGCUUUCUCGGGAUACAACCAGAUCUUGAUGCACCCCGAUGAUCGCGAGAAGACAGCAUUCAUCACCGACAGAGGGACUUAUUGCUACAAGGUGAUGCCCUUCGAGCUAAAAAACGCCGGCGCGACUUAUCAGCGACUCGUUAACCGAAUGUUCGCUGAUCAGCUUGGCAACACCAUGGAAGUGUACAUCGACGAAAUCCGCGAAGUGCAGCGACUAACGGGACGCAUAGCAGCUCUCAACAGGUUCAUCUCGCGAUCGACCGACAAGUGUCUUCCCUUCUACGAGCUACUAAGGGGAAACAAGAGGUUCGUCUGGGAUGAAAAAUGCGAAGAGGCGUUCAAUCAACUCAAGCAUUAUCUCACGACCCCACCCGUACUAUCGAAGCCAGAGGCCGGCGACACACUAUCUCUCUACAUCGCCAUCACAUCCUCCGCCGUCAGCAGCGUACUGAUUCGAGAAGAUUGGGGAGAACAGAAACCAAUCUUUUACACAAGUAAAAGAAUGACGGAGCCAGAGACGAGAUAUCCAACACUCGGAAAAAUGGCCCUAGCCGUCGUCACCUCGGCCAGAAAACUGCGACCCUAUUUCCAGUCGCACACGAUCGAAGUACUGUCCAACCAACCACUCAGAAUGGUUAUGCAAAAUACUAACCAGUCGGGACGGUUGACCAAAUGGGCGAUGGAGCUGAGCGAACAUGACAUCGUGUACAAGAAUCGCACAGCAGCAAAGUCACAAGUCCUUGCCGAUUUCUUGAUCGAGUUGACGCCAGAGCUGGAGCAAGACCUCAUCCUACCAAGUGUAAACUGGAUCCUCCACGUCGACGGUUCAUCCACGAGCAAAGGAUCAGGAGCAGGAGUGCAAUUGCAAUCACCAACAGGAGAACUCAUUCGGCAGUCAUUCAGUUUUGGUUUUGCGGCGUCAAACAACGAAGCUGAGUACGAAUCCCUCAUCGCGGGGCUCCGUCUCGCCAAGGCGGUGAAAGCCAAAAGAAUCAGCGCUUACUGCGACUCUCAACUCGUCGUAAGCCAAUACCUCGGUGAUUACGACGUCCGCAACGAAAGGAUGGACGCCUACCUCAAACUCGUUCCUCGCGGAGAGAAUGUUUGUGCCGACGCCCUCGCCGCUCUGGGAAGCAAGCUACACGACCAAGUCAAGAGGACAAUCCCAAUCCACAAAAUCGAGAAACCGAGCAUCGACACGAAGGCAGAACAGGCCGUGAUUAUAGCAGCGAUCAACGACGCGAUGGAUAUCGACAAAGUGGAAUCUCCUUCGCAAGAUGAUCACCCAACAGAUUGGUGCAAGGAACUCAUCGAUUACCUCGCUGAAGGUUUACUGCCCGUCGAGAAAUGGGACGCACGGCGACUGAAACGACGUAGCGCACACUACGUCGUCAUGGAUGGGGAACUACACCGAUGGACUGCAACAAAGGUACUACUCAAAUGUAUCGCCGGCGAAGAAACGAGACUCGUCAUGGCCGAAACACACGAAGGAGCAGCAGGCAAUCACUCGGGCGGGCGAGCUCUCGCACUAAAAGUUAAAAACCUCGGAUUCUACUGGCCAACCAUGAACGCCGACUGCGAGACAUACGCGCGCAAAUGCGAUAAAUGCCAACGUCACGCCAAAACCAUACACAGCCCAACGGAGUUUCUCCACACCUUGACUGCUCCAUACCCAUUUAUGCGGUGGGGAAUGGACAUUAUCGGUCCGAUGCCAGCAUCUCGACAAAAGAAGUUCAUCCUGGUUCUCACCGAUUACUUCACCAAAUGGGUUGAAGCCGAAGCCUAUGCCAGCAUAACCGACAAGGAAGUACAAAACUUCGUCUGGAAGAACAUAAUCUGCCGACACGGGCUCCCAUACGAGAUAAUCACGGACAACGGUUCACAAUUCAUCUCGCAUCAAUUCAAGGGCUUCUGCGAUAGAUGGCGCAUUCGACUCAACAUGUCGACCCCGAGAAACCUGCAAAGUAAUGGCCAAGCCGAAUUAACGAACAAGACCAUCAUAGACGGUCUGAAGAAAUGA